UUUGUUUCUUAGGAAUUUCUUCAAAUUUCUGAAUCGUUGAUAACAUUUGGGUUUUUUUUUUUUGUUACAAAUCCUAGUACAAAACUUUCUAAUAGUCUGAGAAGAUUGUCCGCCGCAGCCACGGUUUCUCUUUCUCUCUCUCUCUGACGGGUUCAUUAAAUCAUGAUUCAUUAGUUUAUUUUGUUGUUUGAACUUUGAAGUUUUGAACAUUGGAAGUUUGGAAUCAAUGAUCAUAAACUAUCCAUUUGUAAAAUUUGUCAAUACGUGGUACUUGUAGGAUCAACGGGUUUUAAGGGGGUUUAAGCUGUAAAGACGACUCUAAGUCGGUAAACAUUGGAAGCUCAUCUUUUUGUAAGCCUAAGGUUACCCCUGUAGAGCACUGUCUUUAGGUAUCAGUUAACGAGUCCUUGAAAAUAUUUACUAUUGAAUUUAUAUUUCACUUUGAACUUGUUUUUACGUCCAUGUUUGUGGGUUCGCUUGCUUGUACUUUUUUUCUCUGAUGUGCGUAAGUUAUGCCCUACCUACCCCAAGGAAAAAAAAUUCAUGUGUGCAUACUUUGGUUGUUUUUAUGAACCCGAAGAUGAUAACUUUAGAAUGUUCGAUGGUUAUUACUAUGUUUUUCACCAUUUCUUUUUUUUUUUUUUUUUUACCGAAAUGUGCUGUUUUUUCCCUAUUCUAAUUUAGCGACCAAAUUGAAGAAAAGGGAUCUUGGAAUUAUUUGCUUUAAAGCUUGCUUAGUUGUUCCAUAGUAAGGUAAACUGAUAAGUUAAGUGCAACUGAUAAGUUAAGUGCACAUUUCAGGGUUAUGGGAUCAUCAAAUAUCAGAGAUUUGUUGACAUCAUUUAGUCCUUCUUUAGACUUCUUUGCCAUAAGCUCUGGAGAUGGUCGAAUUAAGAUCUGGGAAACUUUGAAGGGCCAGAUACAGACUGAAUUCUCAGACAUCACCUCAACUGAUGAGAUAAAUAUAUUAACAAGACAUGAAAGAGGGCACCUUUCAGUUGAUUAUACAUGCAUGAGGUGGUUAUCUUUGGACAGAAAGAGAAAAAGGAAGCUUGGUUACUCGUUGUUAGUCUUAGGAACAGGUAGUGGUGAUAUUUUAGCACUGGAUGUCUCUGCUGGUCAAUUGAAAUGGAGAAUUAGCGACUGCCACCCUGGGGGUGUUAAUGCCAUUUCAUCUCCUACGAAUGGUUCCUGUAUUUAUACUGCAGGUGCUGAUGGCAUGUUAUGUGAAAUUGAUUCUCUGUCGGGAAACCUGUUGCAGAAGUUCAGAGCUUCUACAAAGGCAAUUUCCCGUAUAUCUGUUUCGUCAGAUGGGAAGAUAUUAGCAACUGCAUCUGCACAGUUGAAGAUUUUCAAUAGUUCUGAUUACAAAAAGAUGCAGAAGUUUUCUGGGCAUCCUGGGGCUGUUCGCUGUAUGAUUUUUUCUGAAGAUGGGAAGUACAUUCUCUCCUCUGCUGUUGGUGAAAGAUAUAUAGCAGUAUGGAGGAUAAGUGGCAGCAAAAAGCAGUCAGCGAGCUGUGUUCUUGCAAUGGAGCACCCUGCUGUAGUACUUGACAGCAGGUGCAUUGAUAAUGGGGAAGCCAGUGGUGCAGGUCUAUAUGUUUUGGCUAUUUCAGAAGCUGGGGUUUGUUAUCUUUGGUUCGGUCAGAACAUUGAGGAGCUACGCAAUAACAAGCCCACAAAAGUCUCAUUGUCUUUUGAGGACAUGCUAUCUAUAAAUCAUAAGGGUGCAUUACCUACAAUAUUUGCUGCAAAAUUACAAGCCAUUACCAAACCUAUGUCUGGGCAGAUCUUUGUUGCUUAUGGGUUGCCAGUAAAGCCAUCCUUUCAGAAGAUUUUAGUGCAUUCUGGCUCAGAUAUAAGGUUGAAUAUCUCCAAUGAUGGGGUUCUUCUACCAAUUAGUCAAUCUCGCAUCAAAUCUAAGAAAGGAUUAGAUUUUCAAAAUAGAGUUACUGCAUUAGACCGCGCAAAUGCGGAGGAUGCCGUACUUCCUAUUCCGAAGAUUUAUUCUCAUGAAAAAAAGAAAACAUAUACAAAUAUGAUUGUUGAGCCUGAUGAGGUAACGGCUCAUUCGAGUGGCAGUAACAGUCAAGUCAAGCUUGUAGAGAGUGAAGAUGACAUGGAUGAAGUAGAAGUGGAAACUGAAGCAUUUUGCAUGGAGGACAAGCUGAGAUCAUUAGGGAUACUUAGUAAUGGAGAUGACCUAACAUUAGACUGUACGGUUGAUUUUGCAACAUUCAAGGGUGUUAAUCUUGAAUCUGAAAUGCCACCGAAGAAGAUAAGGGCAUCUGUUCUAUCUAUGGACCCUAGUGAUGCAUACAAGUUACUGCAAGUGUUCGUGUCCAAGUGGCAAUUUAGGACAUGCAGUGGAAAGUAUGCCCUUCCAUGGAUAUAUCAUAUACUUUUGAAUCACAGUCAUCAUGUUAUGUCUCAGGAGCCGACAAGCCAGAUACUCAACUCCUUAUACAAGAUUACUAAACCCAGAGGUGCUGCCAUCCAACCUUUAUUACAAUUAUCGGGUCGUUUGCAACUUGUGAUGGCACAGAUUGACAGGGCUUUGCAGAACAAAACUCGGAUUUCGGCAUAUGAUAGCCAAAUAAAUGAAAGUGAAGAUCAGGGUGAAGAAGUUGAUGAAACUCUUUAUGGAGAAGAAGAUGAUGAAUCUGAAUUAAGCAGUGAUGACAAUAGCUAGGUGCAUUGUACCAUAUGAGGUAAAUACUACUAAGAACAAUGAGAUUUUAUUUUUCCUUUGUUCUAGAAGCCUAUAUAAUUAGGAGGUAGACAGCUUGGAAGAGAUAAUUAUGUGAGCAUCCAUCCGUGAGCUUUGGUUGACAUUUUCAAGGCCUGGUAAGGUACUUGGAGUUUGAUCUCAAGGUUUUAGUCAUGCUUGGAGUAAAGGUCAUAAUCCUCAUGUAGGCAAGGCUGCUGAAAUCUAUGGAUGAGACAGUAAGGGUGUCCUUUCUACCAGUUUCAUGUUGAUCAAAAGAGGGUUAACAAAUGGUGCAGGAUGUACAUCAAUUUGGACCAGGUUGUUUACCAAUGGUGCCAAAUUAACCGACUUCAAACCUUUCUGUGGUCAGGCUGAUUCUCGCCUUGUCUUAUUGACUACAGCUUUGUUUUCUUCUAGUUUUCCUCCUUGCUCAUGGGGAGGAAAUUCGGGUCAUGUCCAGACUUGUCCAUCGAGUGUUCUUUUUUUUUUUUUUUUUUUUUUUUUUUUUUUUUUUUUUUUUUUUUUUUUUUUUUUUUUUUUUUUUUUAAUUUUUGCCUGUAAUGCUGAAUGAGGCACAGUUUUGUCUUCCACCACACGAAUUAUUGCUUAAGAAAUAUGUCCUAUCAUGUUAUUUAGAAAUAUAAAUUCUUCUAAAGGUUUAUGCCAUGGUACACGGUUAAUUUGUUGC